CAGGUGCAAAACAUACCGUGAAAAACUAUUAGAUAAAUUUGUGAAGAACAAUAAACGGUCUACAAAUGUUUGUGUACCUCAGUAAAAAAAUUGCUAUACCAAACAAUGUAAAACUCAAUUGCAUUGCCUGGAACAAGGAAGAGGGUUAUAUAGCAGUGGCUGGCAGUGAGGGCUUGCUUAAGGUUCUUAAAUUGGAUCAAGCUGCCAGUAAAGGUGGUCUUGCGGCCGUGUCCAACUUGUCAAUGAAUCAGACACUGGAUGGUCACAAAGAAUCUGUGAAGGUAGUCACCUGGAACGAUGCACAACAGAAGCUUACGUCUUCGGAUACGGAUGGCGUGAUUAUGGUAUGGAUGAUGUAUAAAGGCGCCUGGUAUGAGGAGAUGACUAACGAUCGCAAGAAAUCCACUGUAACCGGUAUGAGCUGGACCUCGGAUGGAGCUAAGAUUUGUAUUGUCUACGAGGAUGGAGCAGUUAUAGUAGGCUCAGUCGAUGGUAAUCGCAUUUUUGGGAAGGAACUAAAGAACACCCAUCUGACGGGUGUGCAAUGGAGUCCAGACAACCGGCUUAUUCUUUUUGCCUUAGCAAAUGGCGAGUGUCAUCUCUAUGAUAAUCAGGGCAACUUUGCAAUGAAGCUAAGCAUAAAAUGCAUUACGCUGGGGUCGAGCUCAAAUUCUGGCUCUAGUGGACGCGUGCAGCGUAUUGCUAGCAUAAGCUGGUACAGCGGACGAGUCACGGCCAAUAGCCGCUAUCGUCCAGUGCUGGCCAUUUGCUAUGAGAACGGGAAGGUACAAAUUAUGCGCAAUGAAAACGACGAUGCUCCAACUACAUUUGACACGUGCAUGCGUAAUGUAGACGCCAAGUGGAGUCAUGAUGGCAGCGUGGUGGCCAUUUGUGGCACUUUGUUGGAGCCUGCAACGCCACUGCGGGAUACGAAUCAAGUUUGCUUUUACUCACCGUUUGGACAGCUCUAUCGCACGCUCAAAGUGCCUGGUAGCGAUAUAACUUCUCUAAGUUGGGAAGGAAAGUCGUUGCGCAUUGCCAUGGCCGUGGAUUCGUUUAUCUACUUCGCCAACAUACGACCGGACUACACCUGGUGCUACUUUGAGAAGAGUGUAGUAUUUCUGAACAGCAGUAGUGGCAAUACUAGCAACACCAGCAGCUCCGUUAGCUCUCCCAUGAAUGUCAUUACAUUCUGGAACACUGUGACCAAUCAAAGCUUUUUAAAGGAGGUGGAGCCAACACUUUGUCUAGCGGCCAGCAAUGAGCACUGUGUACUGGGUGUUGAAUGCGUAAGCAGUAAUAUCAAGGAGAUAGCCUUGAGCACGCUGGAGGCACGGGCACCUGGUCAGGAUGAUCAUGUCUAUCAGCUGUUGCUCUGUAAUUCCAUUGGAACGACUGUGGACUCCAAAUAUACGGACAUCAAGCCUUGCUUUGUGGGCAUUAACUCGGGUUAUGUGGCAAUAGCCUCGCAAGAGGAGAUACUGAUCUGGCAGUAUCACACGCCCAAGAGCAGUUCCAAUUUGCCUGGUGUCAAGGCGCGUAAAGAAAAGCGUUUCCAUAUAGAUGAUGUGCCUACGGGCGUAGAUUUAGCCAAGGAUCUAUUAAUGCAUGCCGAAAAGCGACGCGUUCAUGACCCAAUUUGUGCCUUGGCGCUAUCCGAGAAACUAUUAUUGGUGGCGCGCGAAUCGGGCGUGAUCAAUGAAUAUAGCGUAGCGACUGUGGCGCUGCGAAAUCGCCACACGCUGCAUGCCAAGGUGCACAAGCUGGCCAUCAAUUGUAAUUCCACUCGUGCUGCUAUUAUAGACCAUGUGGGCGUCAUGACACUGCUGGAGCUAGACGAUAAUCGGGAGACUCAACUAAACUUUAGUCGCGUAGAGCGCAAAGAUGUUUGGGCUGUCAGCUGGGCUAAAGAUAAUCCGCUUCUGCUGGCACUUAUGGAGAAAACUCGCAUGUACAUUUUUCGCGGAAAUGAUCCCGAGGAGCCUAUUUCGUGCUCCGGAUACAUUUGCACAUUUGAGGAUUUGGAGAUUACUAGCGUGUUGUUGGACGACAUUAUAAGUGUAGGUGAGAUCCAGAGCUCUGCUCACAUUAUCCAAUUGCGUGUCAAAUCACUACGCGAUACAGAUGAUCUGCUGGAGCAUGUGGGCCUGGAGGAUGCUAAGCAAUUUAUAGAGGAUAAUCCACAUCCGAGGCUCUGGCGUUUGCUGGCAGAAUCGGCAUUAAAGAAACUGCAACUGGACACAGCGGAAAAUGCAUUUGUACGCUGUGCCAAUUAUCCAGGCAUAAAGCUGAUCAAACGCUUGCGUCACAUUAAGUCAGAGCUGUUGCAACAGGCAGAGAUUGCUGCGUUUUAUGGAGAGUUCGAUGAGGCCGAGAAGCUGUACAUGGAAGCGGAUCGCCGUGAUUUGGCCAUUGAGCUACGAAUGAUGUUAUGCGAUUGGUUUCGUGUGGUGCAGCUUUAUCGUAUGGGCGGCUCUGGGGUCUCCGAUCAACAGAUGGAAACGGCGUGGCGUGAGAUUGGUCAUCACUAUGCUAAUCUUAAGUCUUGGGAGAGUGCCAAGGAAUACUACGAAAAGUCGCAUUACCUUGAGGGUUAUAUCGAUUCGCUUUAUCAUUUGGAACAGUUUGAUGAGCUCGAAAAGUGCGUCGAAAAGCUCCCAGAGAAGAGUCCACUGCUCACCAAGCUGGCAGAUAUGCUAUCCUCCGUGGGUAUGUGCUCUGAGGCAGUGCAGGCUUAUUUGAAGUUUGGUGACCAAAAGGCAGCAGUUAAUGCCUGUGUGAAUCUACGGCAAUGGGGCCAGGCGGUGGAGUUGGCGCAGCGUUACCAAAUGCCGCAGGUGAACACCUUGCUUAGUAAGCAUGCGGCGCAGCUGCUGCAGGAAGAACGCCUAUCCGAGGCAAUAGAGCUGCAGCGCAAGGCUGGACGUUAUUUGGAUGCAGCCCGUCUGCUAUGCAAGCUGGCCGAGCGUGAGGUAGAAAAACGUUCCCCGUUGCUGCGUGUUAAAAAGAUUUAUAUACUGGCCGCUUUACUGGCGGAAAUUCAUUUAAAGUCGUUGUCUGUGUCACAGUUGGACUAUAAUAUUGAUCGCAACACGUUAUUGGACUCUAUUAGCUUGGAAGAUUCCUCUUGCAUUGAGCGAAUCUGGCACUGUGCAGAGGGUUAUCAUUACAUGUUGCUGGCGCAGCGACAGCUGCGAUUUGGAAUUAUGCACAGUGCAGUGAUAACCGCAUUGCGUUUGCGAGAUUACGACGAUGUGUUGCCAGCGGAGGAUAUUUAUAGUUUAUUGGCCUUGGCCAGCUGCGCAGAUCGUUCAUUUGGCACCUGUUCAAAAGCUUUUAUGAAACUGGAAUCAUUAAGUUUUUUGCCAGAGAAGACCCAGCAGGAGUAUGAAGAGCUGGCGGUGAGCAUAUUUACCAAGAACGAGCCCGAAGAUAAUAAGGUAGAUAGUGUGGCCUGCUAUGCAUGUGACCAGCAUGUUCCUGACAAUUUGCCCUCAUGUUUAGAGUGCGGUGCCCGCUUUCCGGGUUGUAUUUCAUCUGGUAAGCCCAUAACACAUCCUACCAGCAAUAUAUGGAUAUGCUCCACAUGCCACCACUGCGCCUCACCUAUGGAAAUAACACGCCAUAGAACCUGUCCUUUGUGUCAUAGCUUAAUCAAUUCAUUAGACAAGUAAAUUUUAACGCUCUUUUAUUUAUUAAUAAAUACAAAAGUACAA